CCGCCUGAGGGAGGAGGGACGGGCCGAGGGAAGGGAGGAGGAGGGACAGGAGGGAGCGGGCCCGGCCCGGCCCCGCCGGGACCCCCCGCCCGCCACGGCACCCCCCGACCCCGCAACGGGACCCUCCUCCGGGCCAUGGCACCGCCGCCUCGCCCGGCCCGGCCCGCAGCUCUAGCCUGACCCGCGCUCCCCCGCCCCGCUCCCGCCAUGGAGAACGAGCAGCUCCCGGCGCCGGCCCCCGCCAGCAGCUCCGGGGGCAGCGCCCCGGCCGCCGCCAGCACCGCGGCCACGCGCCCGCCCGGGCCCCAGAUCUCCGUGUACAGCGGCAUCCCCGACCGCCAGACCGUGCAGGUGAUCCAGCAGGCGCUGCACCGGCAGCCCAACACGGCGGCGCAGUACCUGCAGCAGAUGUACGCGGCGCAGCAGCAGCACCUCAUGCUGCAGACGGCUGCCCUGCAGCAGCAGCACCUCACCAGCGCCCAGCUCCAGAGCCUGGCCGCCGUCCAGCAGGCGAGCUUGGCGGCGAACCGGCAGAGCGGCUCCUCGGCGGGCAACGGCGCCCAGCCUGCCCCGGCACAGCAGCCCACGAUCAACCUGGCGACGUCGCCGGCGGCGGCACAGCUGCUGAACCGGGCGCAGAGCGUGGGCCCCGGCGCCUCGGGCAUCGCGCAGCAGGCGGUGCUGCUGGGCAACGCCGCCUCGCCCGCCCUCACCGCCAGCCAGGCACAGAUGUACCUGCGGGCACAGAUGCUCAUCUUCACGCCCACGGGCCCCGUCAGCGCCGUCCGGCCCGAGAGCCCCGCGCCGGCCCCUCCUGCGGCCCCAGCGCCCGCCCCGCCCCCCGCCACCCCCCAGGUGCACAGCCUGGCCCUGCGCCCCGCCGGCCCCCACCUCCCCGCCCUGGCCAUGAAGCCCCCCGGGGGUGCCCCCCCCCGGGCCGGCCCCCCCCGGGGCCCCCCGCCCGACCCCCCUGCUGAGCACCUCAAAAAGGCCGAGGGGCCCGAGGCCCGCGCCCACCCCCUGGCCCGCGCUGCCCCCGCCACCGCCCACCCGCUCGUCACCACAGCCUACGCCCCGCUGCAGCCCCCCCAGUUCCUGCAGCAGCCCCCGAAGCCGGUGCAGCCCCAGCAGCAGCAGCAGCAGUUCGUGAUCCAGCAGCAGCAGCAGCCGCUGGGCCCCCGCGGGCAGCCCCCCCCGGCCCCCCCCGGUGCCCCCCAGCUGCAGCCCCUGCCCCCUGCCAGCCCCGGCCCCGCCCCCCAGCCCAAGGCGGGGGUCCUGCAGGGAGCGGGGGGCGAGGGGGGCCCCCCCAACGGGCACCCUGGCAGCUGCCACACCGCCCCCCCCCGCAAGUUCCAGCACGCCUCGGCCGUCAUCCUGCAGCUGCAGCCCGCCGGGCCCACGCCCCCUCUCGGCGUCCCCGAGGGCGCCCGCCGGGACCCUCUGCCCGCGCCGAGGAGCGCCGAGAGCCCGCCCGCCGCGCCGCCGCCCCCCGCCCUGUCCCCGCCCGCCGCGCCCGCGGGCCCCGCCACCCCCGAGGGCGAGCGGCCCCCCACCCACGAGCCCCCCGAGCGCCUCCAUGCGCAGCCCCGCAUUCCCGGGAUGACCUCGGGCUCCGGCAGCGCUGCCGCCACUGUCGCCGGCGCCGCCCCCCACAAUGGUGAGAACAAACCGCCCCAGGCCAUCGUGAAACCCCAGAUUCUCACCCACGUCAUCGAGGGCUUCGUCAUCCAGGAGGGCGCCGAGCCCUUCCCGGUGGGGCGCUCGUCGCUGCUGGUGGGGGCCCUGCACAAACAGUAUGCGCAGGAGCUGCUCCCGGACAAGCUCCCGCCGCAGGACAACACCACCACCACCGACUCGGACAUGGAGGAGCCCUACCUGCAAGAGUCCAAAGAGGAGGGGAACCCCCCGAAGCUGAAGUGUGAGCUCUGCGGCCGCGUCGACUUCGCCUACAAGUUCAAGCGCUCCAAGCGCUUCUGCUCCAUGGCCUGUGCCAAGAGGUACAACGUGGGCUGCACCAAGAGGGUGGGUUUGUUCCACCCCGACCGCACCAAACUGCAGACCGGGGGGGCCCCCCACGGGCGGCGCCGCAGCUGCAAAGGGACCCUCCCCCCCCUGGGCAAGGACAGCAAGAAACAGCUCAACCACAGCCAGGAGGAUUCGAGCCGCUGCUCCGACAACUCGAGCUACGAGGAGCCGCUGUCGCCGAUCUCCGCCAGCUCCUCCACGUCCCGGCGCCGGCAGGGGGAGCGGGACCUGGAGCUGCGGGACAUGGAGCUGCCCGACGUGCACGGCCGGGACCUGCCCGGGCUCGGCCACCGCUUCCUGCCCAGCGAGCCCAGCAAGUGGAACGUGGAGGACGUGUACGAGUUCAUCCGCUCCCUGCCCGGCUGCCAGGAGAUCGCCGAGGAGUUCCGGGCGCAGGAGAUCGACGGGCAGGCGCUGCUGCUGCUCAAGGAGGACCAUCUGAUGAGCACCAUGAAUAUCAAGCUGGGCCCUGCCCUCAAGAUCUACGCCCCGCAUCAACAUGCUCAAGGACUCCUGAGCCGGGGGGGGAACCCCCAAAACACCCCCACACCCCCCCACGGGACUCCCAAAACACCCCCCCAGCCCCGGGGAGGGGGUGGGGAGGGGGAGACCCUUGUGAGCACAACCCGAGCCCGGGGAGCCCCCGGGUGUGUAAAUAGCCCGUAGGUCUUAGAGCCCCCCCCUCACAGGCUGGGGGUCACCCCCUCUUCCCCGGCAGGGAGUGGGGGGGUCCCCAUGUCCCCCCUGUGCCCCCCACACCCCCCCCAGUCGGCAGGGCCAAGCAGGAUGGUUGCCUUAAUGUGAGCCCCCCUCCCCCAGCUGGGAUUGGGGGUCCCUGGAGGGGGGGUUGGACCCUCCCCCCAAAAGGGGCUUGAGGAGGGGUGGGGUUCACCCCCCCCCACGCUGGGCCGGUUUGGGGGCACCUCAGUCCAGGAUGGUGGGAAGGGGGGGCCCCCCGGGCAGGUCAGGACCCCCCCACGGCCCCUCCACCCCCCGGCCCCCGCGGCCUUUUUAAGAAAAGAAAAGGAAAAAAAAAGGAAAAAAAAAAAACAAACCGGCCCCUCCCCCCCCUCCCGGGCUGGAUUUUGGGUUGUUUUUAAUAAACACGGAAAAAACCAGAGAAAAAUGGAUCCCCCCUCCCUCCCCUUUCCUUCCUUUCCCCCUGGAUUCCCUGUGAGGUGGCACCUCAGGGAUGUCCCCAAAUGUCACAGUGGGGGUGGGCACAGGGCUGGUGCCACAUCCCCUGUGCCCCCCAGAUGUGGGGGUGGGGUCCCCCCUCACAGAGCCUGUGGUGACACUGGUGACCCGAAGUCCCAGCACCUGGGGGGGCCCAGGGGACCCCAAAGGAGGGGAGGAGGACAGGAGGGGACACCCCCUGGAGUGGGAUGGCCUGGGGGGGUGACACAGCCCUGGAACUGAAGCCCAGGGUGGGGUGUCCCCGGGGCCACCUGGAUGUGGCACCUGUGCUCAGGUGUCCCCAGGGCUGGUGGCCCUGCUGAGGGACCCAUCAGGGUGACAUUUCCCCGGGGCUGGUGGCCAUGGGGGUGACCCAGAGCUGUGUCCCUGGAGGUGGCACCCCCUGUGAGUGUCCCUGACACUGGUGGCCGUGGCCAGGAGGUGUCCCCAGAGCUCGUGGCCAUGGGGAAGUGUCCCCACAGUGGUGGCCACACUGGGCUGGCCCCAGACCUGGUGUCCCCAGAAGUGGGUCACUGGGGUCACUCACACUCCCUCUCCCCAGGACCCGCCACCUUCCCUCCGGUGCCCCCCUGGUGUGCCCACCCCUGGUGUGUGGCACUGCCACCCCUCCCCGGGACACUCUGGGGACACCCCACCCCCUGGGGGUGACCCCCAGCUCCACCCCCCCCCGCUGCCACCCCACGGGGACCCCCCAGGCUUUGUCCCCAAACGUCCCCAAAGUGCUGCCCCCCCAAUCCUUCCCCUCCCCCCAAAGACCCCCCCAUUUUCAUUCAUUCCCGUUUUGUUCUUUUUUUUCUUCUCUUUUAUUCUCUUUUUUUGGAAAGGGGUUGGGGGGGUUCCCUCCUUUUCCACACCACGAGGCCGUGCCCCCCCCCAGCUUCUCCAGGAACCACAAUGCAGGAUUUUGGGGGGGGGGGAGGGUGGGAGGGGGAGAACGGGGCAGGGGCAACUGUUUUUAUCCAUUUUCUCCUCUUUUCUCUCUUUUUUUUUUAACCUUUUUUUCCUCUUUUUUAAUAAGGUACCAACUAGAUCUAGGGGGGCCUGGCCUGGCUGGGCAGCAAGGAAAAUAAAAAAGCCCCAAAAUUUUGGGGUUGGGGGAAGGAGAGAAAAAAGGGGGGAAGGGGUUAAGUGUAUAAGAGGCUUAUUUACACAGUAUUAACAUGCUGACAAAAAAGGUUACAAUAUUGAUAUCGUACAACAUCGAAGGGGGAAAUAAUGGGGGGUAAAAAAGAACUGGGGUAAAAAUAAUGGGGGUAAAAAAGAAUGGGGGUUAAAAAUAAAAGGUAAAUAAAACACCCUGAAAAAAAAAAAUGAACAAUAACAAAAAAAAAACCCAAAGAAACGCUGAGUUAAGGCUUAAAAAGUGUAUAAAAAAUAACACAGUUAAUAUCCAAAAUGAACCAAAAGGUACAGAAUAUAGAUGAGGUUUGGGGGGUGACCCCCAGGCUCUAUACAGGGGGUAUGUACAGGCAGGCACAAGGCAAAGCGGUGGGACCCCCCCAGACCCCCCAAAAGCGGGGCUGUGGGAUGGGGGGGGUCCAGCCCCGGGGGGACGCAGCUCUGCCCUCGAAAGGGACCCCAAAAGAACACAAAAAAAACCCCAAAAUGGUUAAAAAUCAACCCCAAAUGGAGGCGCUCGGGCCCAGAGUCCGUCUGGGGGGGAGGCAGUGGGACCCCCCCUCCUCUGCUCCCCCUCCUCCCCCAGCUGCGUUCUCGCUCCGUCCACGGUUCGUUUUUGGGGUGAAUUUCUGGUUUUUUUAGCAGCACCAAGUUCUUGGCCAAUAAAUAUAUAUAUAUAUUUGUAUCCAAAAAUGGGGGGGGGAUGGGGGGUCUGGCAGGGGGCAGGGGGGACGCCCCCACCCCCACCGCUCCUCCCCCCUCCGCCUCCCCCCCAAAAAUAAAACCAAACCGCAGAGAUUCAAAGUGCUCUGAAA